AGAGGGGGUUUGAGAAGGGGGCUACCAUGGACCAGUACAGCAUCUUGGGCCACAUCGGAGAGGGGGCCCAUGGGAUUGUUUUCAAAGCCAAGAAUAUUGAAACAGGGGAGACGGUCGCCCUGAAGAAAGUGGCUCUCCGCAAGCUGGAGGACGGGAUACCAAACCAAGCCCUGAGGGAGAUCAAAGCCCUGCAGGAGAUUGAGGAAAACCAACAUGUGGUGAAGCUGAAGGAUGUCUUCCCCCACGGCACUGGCUUUGUCCUGGUGUUCGAGUACAUGAUCUCAGACCUUUCCGAGGUGAUCCGCAACUCCGAACAGCCCCUCACCGAUGCCCAAGUGAAAGGCUACAUGCUCAUGCUGCUCAAGGGAGUGGCUUUCUGCCAUACCAACUCCAUCAUGCACCGGGACCUGAAACCAGCCAAUUUGCUGAUCAGCUCCACAGGGCAGCUUAAAAUCGCAGACUUUGGUCUGGCCAGGGUGUUCACCAGAGACGGAGACCGGCUGUAUAGCCACAAAGUGGCUACCAGGUGGUAUCGGGCCCCGGAACUCCUCUAUGGUGCUCGGAAAUACGAUGAAGGUGUGGAUCUCUGGGCCGUGGGCUGCAUCUUUGCGGAGCUUCUCAACAACUCCCCGCUCUUCCCAGGGGAGAACGACAUCGAACAGUUGUGCUGUGUCCUCGGAGUGCUUGGGACCCCCAACCAGAAGAUCUGGCCGGAGAUCACCGAGCUGCCUGAUUACAACAAGAUCUCGUUCAAAGAGAAGCUGCCCGUCCCCCUGGAGCAGGUGGUGCCGGAUGCUUCGCCCCAGGCUGUGCAGCUCCUGAAACAGUUCCUGGUCUAUCCUUCGAAGCACCGCGUGCGGGCAGCACAGGCGCUGCUGCACCCCUAUUUCUUCACCCCUCCGCUCCCCGCCCACCACUCGGAGCUGCCCGUCCCCCAGCGGGGGGGCAAGAAGGCCCGUCCCCAGCACCAGCGGGAUUUCCACGUGGAGCAGCCUCUGGAAGAAGCCCUGGUGGAUCUGGAACUUGUGGCACCUUACGUCAUCGACGACUGAAGGGGAGGCAGGCCGGACAUCCCCCACGGCUGGCUCGGGCUCUCUCCAGCACCCCGAUCCUUCUGCUGUCCCGGGUCAGGUUGGACCCACGCUGUGGGAGACCGAAAGGGCCCGUGAGUGGCAUUUUGUCUGCUGGGGAUGCCGCUUCUAAACAGAGCCAGGUCCUUGGGCUGGGAGAUGGGGGAGAGUAGGUUCCCUUAGGACAGAAGGGAGAAUGUUGGGAUGUGUAGUUCCUCCCUCUCCUGCAGUGCCUCGUCGAAGGAACAUUUCUUGCCCAAAUUGCCGCAGCUCUUAAGAACAAAGAACCCUCUGCGACCUGGAAUGAUGGACACCGCUCUCCAGUAGGAUCUCUUGGGCGGAUUACCUGUGCUCCCUAUGGCGGUUAGAUACCACCCCCAGGUGGUCUUGUCUACACAGGAGAAUCCAGUCACACAUGGAUCGUUGUCGGGCACCGAAGGACAGCCGAAGCUGGGCAGUUGCAGCCUCGACCACCUUUCCUGCCCUUCGGCUCUGUGACGUGGCUCGGGCCUGUAGCUUUGGAGAACAAGUUCCUUGUUCCUUUGGCUGGGGGUGGGGGGAGGUUCUCUUAAGGGUCUGCCCCACUGCUUUAGAUCUUUCCUUCCAGGGGCUUGGGUCACACAAACGCACACACACACAGACACCCUGCCCUCUUCUGCUGCCAUGCAGAGGCGCUGGAAGGUUGUGUGAUUAAACAGUUUUGUUAAGAGA